AUGAAGCCGUUUCGAUACCAGUCGCUACCUCCGCCAGAGGAUGUCGAGGCCCUAGACCACUCCGUUGAUGCGCCAAGAUGGAAGUCAAGAGGUUCACAAUUUCUUUCCUGCUUUUUGUUUCUACCUUGUGUGCUUGUGAUAUUUGCCCUGGCAGCACCUGCUACUGCCCGGCUACAGCCAGUUCAUGGAAUCUGGGGUAUGAUCCGUAAAUUCAGCAUGUUCCAGUUCAGCAUGUCUAUGUAUGAGAGCGAAUUUGGGGACACGGACCCGUUUCAGUUCAAAUGCCCAGUGCCUGGAGUCAUUGCUGGUGGCGCUGACAACAUGACUUGCUGCAGAACCUACAACAACAAGGGUUGGCCUUUUCAGUUUCGAGAGUGUGAGAGCUUCGGCUUUUGCACAACUUGCUGGGUCGAAUCUGCCAAGAAAAGGAUGCAAGAGCACCCCGCAAUAGAAUUUGUUGGUGCGGCCCAUGCCGCGACCGUCAGUGUCAUGAAUAAGGCAGAGACCAAAUCUGGAUGGUUGAGCCAGACUUUACAACAUGCUUUUGGUAAUAUCAACAUGUUUUCUAAGAACCUUGUUGACGACGCGCAAGUCAGAGGCAGUUCCAUGAGGGUUAGAAUUGGUACGGGCAUCAUGAAAGGAGAGACAGACAUUUGCCCUGGCAUUGAUGACUGGCACAUCGAUAUGCUGAACGAAGACAAGGAAAAUAUUCAUGCGCGUGUUUUUAAAUCCCCACGAACAAAGCUGGCCAUUGUUGCCUUUCGUGGCACGCAGUUCAAGUCCAUGAAGAAUUGGGAGGUUGAUGCCGACAUACAGCGAAUACCACUCAAGCUGCCAAAUGGAAAGGUGACAUAUGUGCACGAGGGCUUCUUAAAGGCCCUUGAGCACGUUCUACCACACGUGAAGCGAUGGGUAGAUGGUUACAUCUUCGGUCUUUUCAAUGCAGUUCCCAGCGAUUGGAAGCUUGUGUUCACGGGUCACAGCCUUGGGGGAGCAUUGGCACUUCUCGCGGCUACAAAGGCACACUUGGACAACUGGCCACGGAAGCCUGAAGCUUCCGUGGUUUUCGGAGUCCCCCGCUUUGCGGACUCAGCUUUGGAUCACUGGUGGCAGACCCAAGGCCUUUGUAAGAAUUUGGUGCGCGUGAACACUUACAAUGAUAUGGUGCAUGUCAUGCCCUUCCAGAAAAUGUGGAGUGCUCUCAAUGUUGCCACUGGAGCAUAUGACUGCUUCACACGUCCUAUGGACUGCAUAAGACAGUCCGCGAAGCAUGUCCAACAUGCUCUCCAUCAUCACUCUGAUGGACUUGGGCUUAUCAUCAGCGAUCAGUGGUCGCAUGUCUGUCCAGAAAGUGAAAUUCUGGUGCCAAGCCGCGUCAAGGGAGUCAAUGAGCAAAUGGAGGAAUUGUCUUUGUUUGGAGGUGUUCUUGCUCAUUUGAAUGAGAACUGCCUCUAUGGGUACAUCUAUGGAGUGGCGCAUAGCAACAUAUCUACCUUUGACAAGUACUGUCAUGUUUCCCCUGCGGUCUGCGCAAACUUGUCAAAUCUUGGACCGUGA